AUGCCAUUGAAACGGAUUACGUUUAGUGGGAGACUAGUUCCGCCUAACGCUAAGGAUGGUGAAGAUGUCCGAAAAAUAGUUGUACGUGGUUUAAUAUGCAUGGGCCUUGAUAUUGCAAUCACUCUAGCGAUUUCAAUUAUUCUAUUCUACAUGUUUGUUGGGUACGCAAUAUCACCGUAUGAGCGUCCAAUUCCAUGCAGUGAUGAUUCUAUUAAUCGACCAUUCUAUAAUAACACUGUUCGAAUGAAACAGCUUUUGGUUAUUUCUCUGGGAACACCAUUCUUUAUCAUAUGCUUCGUUGAGGCUAUGAUUUUCCGUGCCUCAGUGGUAAGAAGCUUGAUUUUGCAUUCAGGAACACUACCACUUUGA